GUUGGCCGCUGGCCGGUGCGUCCCGCACGCAGGUUCUUGCUGGCCACUCCUGCUCGUAUCUCCGGCUCCAGAAUCCCCGCGUUCAGGCCGGUCCCCGUCUUUCAUCUCCCCACCCCUAACCCCCUGCCGGGUGUCCGUUCCCCGCCCCGCUGGCCUCCGCCAAGGGUCCUGGCCUCAGCCUCGGCCCAUGGCGCUGCAGGCGCUGCAGAGCUCGGGGGUGGCCUUCCGCAGGAUCCUGUCUCACUUCCCCGAGGAGCUGAGCCUGGCUUUCGCCUAUGGCUCCGGGGUGUACCGCCAGGCGGGGCCCAGUUCCAACCAGAAGAAAGCCAUGCUGGACUUUGUGUUCACAGUAGAUGACCCUGUUGCAUGGCAUUCAAAGAACCUGAAGAAAAAUUGGAGCCAUUACUCUUUCCUAAAAGUUUUGGGGCCCAAGAUUAUCAGCUCUAUCCAGAAUAACUAUGGUGCUGGAGUUUACUACAAUCCAUUGAUCGUGUGUGACAGUAAGCUUAUCAAAUAUGGGGUUAUUAGCACUAGUAUUUUGAUUGAAGAUCUCCUCAACUGGAAUACCUUAUACAUUGCUGGACGACUCCAAAAACCAGUGAAAAUCAUAGCAAUGAAUGAGAAUGUGGCUCUUAGGGCAGCCCUAGAUAAAAAUCUGAAGAGUGCUGUGACUGCUGCUUUCCUCAUGCUUCCCGAAAGCUUUUCUGAAGAAGACCUCUUUAUAAUGAUUGCUGGACUCUCCUAUUCAGGCGACCUUCGGAUGGUGGUUGGAGAGAAUAAGGCAAAAGUGAUGGAUAUUGUAAAGCCCAACAUAGCCCACUUUCGUGAGCUGUAUGGCCACAUACUACAGGAUAAUCCACAAGUGGUGUAUAAAAUCCAGCAAGGCAGACUGGAGAUAGAUAAAAGCCCAGAAGGACAGUUCACUCAGCUGUUGGCAUUGCCCAAAACCUUACAGCAAGAAAUACAUAAUAUUAUGGAUCCUCCUGGAAAAAACAGAGAUGUGGAAGAAACUCUUUUUCAACUUGCUAAUGACCCUGACUGUGGAAACAUCGUGCAUCUAGGGCUUUUGGCAAUUGUGAGACCUUCGAGUCUGAGACAGAGCACCAAAGGCAUUUUCACUGCCGGCAUGAAGAAAUCGUUGAUUUAUAGUUCACAAAAACUACAUAAAAUGUGGAAAGGAUGGCUGAGGAAAACAUUCUGAUUUUGCUUGCUUUUUAUACAUAUAUAGAUUAAUAAAGGGUUCCUUUUUGACAAA